AUGGCUGGGAGAAACGAUCGUGCUAUUGGUGAAGCUUUGGAAUCACUUGCUCAGGUGAUGGCUCAAAAUGCACAGAACAAUCAAAAUGGGGGAGCAGGAGGAGCUCCUGAUGAGUUUCACGCUUUAGGAAAAUUUCAGAGGAACAAUCCACCGGGUAUCAAGGGUAGCCAUGAUCCAGAAGGUGCACAAGCAUGGCUCAAAGUAACUAAGAAUAUCUUCCGAGUGAUGGCUUGCACUGAGGCUCAGAAGGUACAUUUUGGUACUCAUAUGUUGUCAGAUGAAGAUGAAGAUUGGUGGGAUAAGAUGCGACAGAGAUUAGAAGCAAUUGGUAUAGGGAUAACUUGGGUUAUGUUCAGAAAAGAAUUAUUGGAGAAGUAUUUCCCCGAGGACGUUCGUGGCAAGAAGGAGAUAUAG